AUGAAGGCCGCCUUUAUCGUCCUCACCACGGCCAUCGCCAUGACAGCACUGGCCGUUCCUCAUCGAGGGGUAAGAGACAGCAACAGAACCGACACAACCACCACCCUCAUGCCAACCCUCGUUCUCGUGCCCAUCCCGACCACCAAACUCCUCCCACCAGACACAACCCUCGUGCCGACUCCCAGCGAUAAACUCUUACCACCCUCUGCGUCCGCUGGGACAGUCCAGCUUGAUUCCAUGAACAAGCUCUUCGUCACGCUCACGCCGGUCCCCAGCCCGAGCCCGAACUCGACUGCCACGGGUAAGAACAGUAACUCGGAAGAUAAGGAUGCAAAGAAAAAAAUUCAUAUCCUUGGCACGCUGUGGUGUGAGCAGACGCUGAUGAUUUGUUUCGGGAUCAAAGCUCGGCCUAGAUGGUGCAUGGAAUUCGUUGAGUUCAUUAAUGUCUUCGCCCUGAUGGAGUUUCGGGUCUUUUCUAUUUUGUUUCAGCAGUGGCUUUGGGGCGGGAAUGGAGUAUGCGGUCUGAAUGUUCGACUUAAGCUGAUGAGCGGGAAAUCUAUUAUUAUCGCGCCGAUAGCCAUGUGA